AUGCGAUUUAUUGGACCGGGGCUAAUGGUGAGUGUGGCAUAUAUGGAUCCCGGGAAUUAUUCAACUGCCGUAGCAGCUGGCUCUGCUUAUAAGUACAAUUUAUUAUUUCUGAUUCUAUUGUCCAACUGUUUAGCUAUUUUCCUACAAAUAUUAGCUGCCAAAUUGGGUGCUGUGACGGGGUUGGAUUUAGCAGCAAAUUGUAAAGCUCAUUUUGGUUAUAAAACAAACUUGAUACUUUAUGCCCUUACUGAAAUAGCUAUCAUAGCAACAGAUUUAGCCGAAGUGGUGGGGACGGCUAUUGCAUUAAAUAUUUUAUUUCAUUUACCGUUAUUUGUCGGUGUGAUAGUCACAGUUAUUGAUGUGCUCAUUGUACUAAUGGCAUACCGUCCAAGAGGUCCACUUUUGUUCAUACGGAUCUUUGAAUCAUUUGUAUCGGUAUUGGUAGCAGCUACCGUUGUAUGCUUUGGGAUUGAAUUGUAUCAAGUGAGUCAUGAUUCAUCAAUACAUUUUUCUGUAGCAGAGGUUAUGAAAGGUUUCUUACCAAAUGAAGAUGUAGUUGAUAUGUCUGAUAGAGAAGGCGGUAAUGGUUUAUUUUUAAGUUUGGCCAUUUUGGGUGCAACAGUGAUGCCACAUUCGUUGUAUCUUGGUUCUGGGUUAGUUCAAGCAAGAUUGAAAGAUUAUGAUAUAAAAAAUGGAUUCCACAAGCCGUGGGGUAAGCACUCUAUAGAAGAACCUAUACAAGAAGAUAUUACAGUUCAUGAAGAGGAUGAUAAUUUAACACCGAUAGCGACACCUUUAAUACAACACCAGGAACAACCAGGUUUUGAAAAAGAUGAUGAAAGCACAUUUGAUGGAGAUGAUGAAGAAGACGAUCAUUACAGGCCCUCAAUCCAUGCCAUCAAGGAUACUAUGAGUUACACCAUUGUUGAAUUGGUGAUAUCAUUAUUCACAGUAGCCCUUUUUGUUAAUGCUGCUAUUUUGAUUGUUGCCGGUGCCACAUUAAGAAGUGGCGAUUCAAAAUUUGCUCGAGAUGAUGACAACGGACACGAGUCAGAUUCUGAUUCCGAUGACGAUUAUCAAAAUGCCGACUUAUUCACUAUUUAUCAUUUAUUGUCCAAGCAUUUGUCACCAACUGCUGGAUUUGUAUUUGCAUUAGCAUUAUUGUGUUCUGGUCAAAGUGCAGGGGUUGUUUGUACUUUAGCUGGUCAAAUGGUGUCUGAAGGGUUUUUAUCAUGGAGUUUACCACCAGUUACCAGAAGAUUGAUUACAAGAGCUUUAGCUAUUGCUCCUUGUCUUCUUGUUGUUAGUUUUUCUGGUAGAGAAGGAUUGGCUAAGAUUUUGAAUGCUAGUCAGGUGGUGUUGUCAAUUUUAUUACCAGUGGUAAGUGCUCCACUUAUUUGGUUCACUUGCAACAAACAUACCAUGAGAGUUCCUAUUUUUGUCAGAGAUGGCGAUGAAGAGAUUGAUAUGGAAUAUGAUGGAGAACAGUCGACCCUGGUUGCCACCUCAAGGUUCAAAAGUUCAGAGCCAGCAAUAAGGUUACAAAAUUUACGUAAUUCACAUCCUUGUGCUAAUUGGGAAGACGACGACGAUGAACAAUUACAACAACUCCAUUUGCAAAAUGAAGAGAAUAGAUUGUUGAUUGGUGAAAAUACCACUAAUUUGGUUUAUUCACUGCCACCAACAUCGAAUUUAAUGUCUCGCUCAAACUCGGUUUCUGCCACUAAUGGUGUACCAGAUAGUCUGUCGUCGUCUUCUUCCACUACCAUUGCUGCACAACUUCCAUUAGAAGUAUAUGAAGAUCUUAAUCAAGAUAUUUUUCGAAUCAAGGGAUAUAAAGACUUCAGCAAUAGUUUGGCUACGUCUUUUGUGGCGGUAUUGGUUUGGGUAUUUGUUGCCUCUUUGAAUUUAUACUUGAUCGGAAGCAUGCUUCUUGGUUAUGAUGUACCAUUAUAG